GCUUUAUUCUUUAUGGACCAAACCCUUCAUCUUUCCCUUUCCUUUGAGUUUCCCCGAGAAACUCCUCAGAGAUUCUCCGUUUCCCGCUUCCUCCAUUCCUAUUCACGCAACCCACAGUGAAUAGAGACGCUUCCCCCUUCACUUAUCAUCAUCUCUCUAACGCCAAAAAGGUACACUCAUCGUCUUCUCUCUCAAUCACCAAUGCGUUCUUGAGACGCAAGUUAUAGUGGAACUGAGGACGAUGCCCGAAAUUCAGUUAGGUGCUCAUACGAUAAGAUCCCAUGGAGUCACGGUGGCCAGGUUCCACAUGCAUGACUGGCUCAUUCUUGUACUGCUUAUCGUCAUCGAAGUUGUUUUGAAUGUCAUCGAACCCUUUCACCGUUUCGUUGGAGAGGAUAUGCUCACCGACCUAAGAUAUCCUCUUCAAGACAACACCGUUCCUUUCUGGGCUGUUCCGUUGAUAGCUGUUGUGCUCCCUUUUGCUGUCAUUUCUGUUUACUACUUCAUCAGAAGAGAUGUUUAUGACCUUCAUCAUGCAAUAUUAGGUCUGUUGUUUUCUGUGCUCAUAACUGGUGUCAUAACCGAUGCUAUAAAGGACGCUGUAGGUAGGCCUCGUCCUGACUUCUUUUGGCGUUGUUUCCCUGAUGGUAGAGGGUUCUUUCACAAUGUCACAAGGGAUGUUCUGUGUACUGGAGAUAAAGACGUGGUCAAAGAGGGACACAAGAGCUUCCCCAGCGGCCACACGUCUUGGUCGUUUGCUGGGCUAGGCUUUCUAGCGUUGUACUUGUCUGGGAAAAUCAGGGUGUUUGACCAGAGAGGGCAUGUGGCAAAGCUUUGCAUUGUGUUCCUUCCUCUACUGGUUGCAGCUUUGGUUGGUGUAUCACGAGUUGAUGACUAUUGGCAUCACUGGCAAGAUGUGUUUGGUGGAGCCAUCAUAGGAUUAACCGUGGCCUCAUUUUGUUAUCUGCAAUUCUUUCCCCCUCCUUAUGAUCCAGACGGUUGGGGACCUCAUGCGUACUUCCAGAUGCUGGCAGACUCCAGAAACGUUGUCCAAGAAAUGAACAAUCUAAGCGUGAGGCAAGCUGAGCUGGAGAAUGUGUACGUUGUUGAUCAACAAGGGACUUCCAUGGAAAUUUCGAGAACCAACACGCGGGACACAACAAGAAUGCUAGACAGCUGUUAAUGUCUUGUAGUCGUUAUUAGUAUUUGGUGUGUGCUUCUGUUGA